UAAAGGUUAUACUAUCUGGUCUGAUCCUGAUCCAAUCCUUUCGCAUUUCAACUGCACUGUUACAAGCGCUGGACGACUAGUUUGCAUGAGGCUUGCAGCGGGCGCCGGGAUGCUACAUCCCAUCUGUGCACCGUCCAGAAGAUCCCGCUCAAGUAGAUCUCGGGCGUCAAGUUGACUGCGUGUUUCAACAAAUGUCCGUUUUCGGCUCCUG